AGCGCAAGAACCUUGACCUCCUCAUUAUUCUCCGCCUUGAAGCUCAUUGAAAAGCGACAUUGUUUCUUUAAGAUUGCACUUGCAGUCAUCAGCGGGUCUGUCCAUUGUUGGGGGAACAGAAAGCGAGUUGAGGUUGAUAUACGGGGGCCGACGACCAGUUGCGCAUAUCAUCAGUGGACCAGCUGCGGUGCAAGCAGCAGUAGCCGACUUGAACGCAUCCUUCCAGACAUGGGUUGCUAUGAUUGCUGUAUGCGCUGUUUGGGUGGGGUGCCGUACUGCUCCCUGGUCGCCACACUGCUGUGUUUCUCUGGCAUUGCCCUCUUCUGUGGUUGUGGGCACCAGGCACUCACAGAGACGGAGAGACUCAUCGAGACUUACUUCGCCCGUAACCUUCAGGACUACAUCACCCUCGCCUACAUCAUCCAAUAUUUCCAGUAUGUCAUCUAUGGUUUGGCCUCGUUUUUCUUCCUCUACUGCAUCGUGCUGUUGGCUGAGGGCUUCUACACCACGAGCGCUGCCAAGCAAACCUUUGGAGAGUUCAGGAGCACCAUGUGUGGCCGCUGCCUUAGUUCCUCGUUUAUAGUGAUUACAUACGUACUAGCUGUGCUGUGGCUGUUGGUGUUCGCCUUCUCGGCCCUGCCUGUCUACUUCUUCUACAACAUGGAUGCCACCUGCCACACCAUUGAUGUGCUGACCGAGACGCCAGCGAGUAUCAACCAGCUCUGUGUUGAUGCAAGGCAAUACGGGCUCCUGCCAUGGAAUGCAGUGCCAGGGAAAGCUUGUGGCAUGACUCUGUCCACGGUUUGCAAGACCAGAGAAUACCGAAUGACCUAUGACCUUUACAUUGCUGCCUUUGCCGGCGCGGGCAUCACUCUCUUGGCUCUGCUGACCUAUACUGUGUCAACCACCUAUAACUUUGCGGUUCUUCGGUAUCUGGGGAGAAAGGGCAUAGUUGCACGGUGUUAGGCUCACCCGCUUCCUGUCUGCUCUAUCACUUCUCCACCACCAACAUGGGGACGGCAACAAUUCUCUCCUUCCACAUCAUCUGCACAGAACCUCUUGUGGACUCUUAAAAAUAAUGUCUUUAUAUUUUUACUUGUUGGGAACAAUGUUAUUUUAAUGUUUAUCCUUUUCUUUUUGUUAUUUUGUAUGUGUGUGGGGUUGUCUACUGCUUUUACAUGCAGUUAGUCUUAUGUCCUAUGCCAUGUCACGAAAAUAUUUGUAAAAUAUUGUUUCUAUUUCUGCUUCCCUUCGCAUUCAAAACACAAAUAACACAUCCCUAAUCAAUUAACAUAUGUAAGAACUAACCACCAAUUUGCAACACAUGUGCUGCUAGAAUGCAGCUGUUGCGGAGAAAAGGGAUUAUAGGUUACCAUGGCUGCCAUCCUUCACAUCUGGUUGCCAUGGUGGCAGACAAGCAUGCAUUUGCGGUCUCGCGCUGACCUCAGGACUUUUCUCACGGGCUGGAGAAAAGCCUCAACAAUGGAGUCAUGCCUGUUUUUAAAAGCUAGCCAAUAAGGAGCCAGUUGUGGGGGCCACCUGCGCUACGAGUCUCUGCCAAGGGUUAUAUUACAUGUCAAGGGAGAGGGUCCUCCUGACAAAGAGAGGGUUGGACCCCUCUAAAGCCUCAAUGCAGCUCCUCUGGGACAGCAACCACACACACCAUCCACAGGCUGCUGCAUGACCCCCACCUCCCUCCCAAUAAUUGAAGUGAUGGAUUCAGAGGCAGAGGACUGAAGGAAUUUUAGAUGAUUUUAAGUAGUUUCUUUCUGACAAAGGGACAUACUUAGUUCUGAUCUAGAAAGGUCUGAAAUUGUUUCUCAUCAUUUUGAGAUGGCAAAAGCACUAGAUGCUAACUUAUGGAGUGACCUCAUAUUAUUAGACCUAAAACACACUGAGGUGUGACUAGACCCUGCUGUUAAUGCAUGACUGAGGUGCUUUUAUAGAGAUGGGGACAGCUUUGUUUUGUCUCUAAUCCUUUGGGAAUGUUCUUGUAGUUAUUGUAUAACACAUCUUUUUACUUACUGUAGCUGAAUUUACUACUUUUUUUUUACACUUUGGGUAUUACCAACAAUGUUUUUGCAGCAUCAUAAGUAGAUUAUUCCAUUUGGUGUGAACUUUACCCAGCUGUGAUUGGUGGAUUUGUCAAAUGGCAGCUGGCUGUUUAUUUUUUUUUUUGUGUUGGUAAAAUGUGGUAAUAAAAAAAGAAUAUUCUUUGAAGUAUUUGUG